GUGUACUGGAAGAAGCUGAAUUCUACAAUAUUACAUCACUAAUAAAACUGGUAAAGGACAAAAUAAGAGAAAGAGACAGCAAAAUCUCACAGGUGCCAGUCAAACAUGUGUACAGGGUGCUGCAGUGCCAGGAAGAGGAACUCACUCAAAUGGUUUCCACAAUGUCUGAUGGCUGGAAAUUUGAGCAGCUUGUCAGUAUAGGUUCCCAGUACAGCUGUGGCCGGGCCCAGCAGUCAGAGUAUCUGCUGAUAGUGUCACGGGAAGUGAAAGUGGAAGAGAGAUGCUUCCAGAAAUGCUGCAGUGAGCUGGUCAGUAUUGGUUCUUCCUAUAACUAUGGCAAUGAAGAUCAGGCUGAAUUUCUGUGUGUUGUUUCAAAGGAGUUGCAUAACACUCCCUAUGGCACAACCAGUGAACCCAGUGAAAAAGCAAAGAGUGAGGAUGAAGAAACGGAUUACGAUAUGAAUGACUCAGAUUAA